ACAUUUGGAAAUCAGACGCGAUUGAGAGAGCGCCGAUGCUACUUCGAUGUACAAAUAAAAAUUUAAAUUACUACUUAAUGUAACGCGCUUAACGGAUAAACGGAUAUUAGUGAUUUAAGCAAAAAGUGUUUUUAACCUACUUCGAAACGAAAGCGUACCGAAUUUAUUGCUUUUAAUAUUGUGCAAGUGCAAGCCGCGAUAGUUGAAACUGCAUUGAAGUCUGCAAGGGGCAAACGCAGCUUCUGAGUUUCUACGACCGAAUCGAAAUCACUGCUGCGGCAGUAGGAAGCUAACAACCGACGGUGGUGAAAAAGUCGUCGAAGUAAACGAAUACUGUGCGAUAAAAGUUAAACAACUGCCUGAAAAUGGGUCUUAACGGCUGCUGUUCGUGUGUCAAAUAUUUGAUGGUCCUUAUAAACAUCUUAUUUUGGCUAAUUGGUUUAACCAUUGUGAUCACCUCGUUAUGGAUGCUUACGGAUCCCACAUUUAUGCUAUCGAUGACGCAAUCGUAUAAUCAAUAUCACAUAGCCCUCUAUGUCUUCCUGGCCAUUGGCAUAUUGAUAACAUUGGGCGCAUUCUUUGGCUGCAUGGGCGUCUGUCGCGAGUCGCAAUGUCUGUUAGUUUCGUUCUUCUGUGUCAUACUCAUUGUGAUGGUGGCACAAAUAGCAGCCGGUGCCUGGGCCUUCCACAACAAAGACAAACUGGAUGAUAUUGUGCGAGCCGCCGUCAAAUCAUCCGUUCAGGAGGAAUACGGACAGUCUAGCAUGAGUUCACGUACUGUUACAUUUGAUACACUGCAAAAGAAUUUGAAGUGCUGUGGUGCAGAUGGACCCGGAGAUUGGGCAACGAGUCGAUUUAAUAACGUGGAUCGCACAAAUAUUGUAGAUAUUGCAGUAUCAUCGUUGAAUGUUUUCUAUAAUAUUCCUGAAUCGUGUUGCAAAGAGGAUCUCAAAGAUAACGAUUGUGAAAGGUCGCGUCAUUUGAAAUUUGGCGGUCCUUUGAAUACCUUCAUAUAUCAGCAGGGCUGUGUUGAUAAACUGAUUGAAAUUAUAUACGAGAAUUGGGUGACCAUAUUUGCCAUAUCCGCCGCUGUUAUACUGCUGGAGCUGCUGUCACUGACUUUCGCCUUGAGCCUGUGCUGUGCGGUGAGGAAUCAGCAUUACAAGGCCUGAGAAUUACAGAAUUCCCAUAGGGAAAUAACAGACGAUGAGAAGUACUAACAAACCAAAUGUAAACUAAAGCCAACGCAUAAGCGUUACUAAAAACAACAACAAUUGGAUGCGAAUGAAAAUGGAUUUAGCUCUGCAACUGUUGUUGCUGCUGCUGCUGCGACAGCAAUUUGGCUACAUUUGAAGGCUGUCAGUACUGGCAAAUACUUUAAAACAAUUUUGUAGUACUUUAACUGAGCAAUUGUGGAAGAUUUGAUAUUGACGAUUGGGUCAAUGAUAUUGAAUGAAAUUUAUAUGAACUUGAUACGCAACAAACUUUUCUAAAAUAUUUCUACAUAAACGAUAACAAACCGAAAUACAAAAAAAACAAAAAACUGAUCACAUUUUACAAUACAAUACAAAACUCUAUAGACAACAUUAAACUUCAUAUUACAUAUUAGGAUAGUCUAACAGCGUAAAGCGAAAAGUUUCAAAUUCGAGAAAAAAGCAUAAUUCUUAGGAAUACUUACACAAGUAUAGUACUGUACUAAACAUCUAUCUAUCUACACAUAAAAAUCAUACACUAGCAAUUUAAGCACAACAGUAAACAUCUUAUUUGCCAAAUUAUAAAAUACGAAAGCAUAGAUGCAAUCAUAGUUUAUUGUUUCAAAAUCGUUUUUCGUUUUGAAAUAUAUGUAUUUAUGUAUACAUAAUUUAGUGAAAGUAGCAAAAAAGAAUCAAUCAAUUAAGUAAGCAUUCCACAAGUGAAUAUUAUUAAAUUGCCAUCCAAAGAUCCAAACCCAAAAAAUUCUUAUUCUCUUGUGUAAAAUCAUGUGCUAAAAAUUUAAAAUCAAAAUCAAAUUGUUAAUGAAAUUCGUUGAGCUUCGCGAAAUUAAAUGCCAAAUAUUUUAUGUAUUUACAAAAUUUGUUUUUAACUAUGCAAAGUAAAGUAACAGCGCACUGCUGGCGACUGCUGUUAGUGAGUUAAAGCACUGUUAGACAUGCUGUUAACUAGCAGCUACAUGUAAAUUACCCUGCCAUAUUUUAAAUAACAUUUACACGCGUACUCUCACACACAAACACACGAAAAGCAAAUCCUCUCAUCUGCAUUAAUUUAUACUGCACACUUUUUCAUUAUCGAUCUAAGUACAAUUAUUUAUAAAAACAAAAAAUGAUAACAUUAACAGUAUGUUAAUGCAUGUAGGCAUAAAAAAUGUAUUUUCUGUAUUCUUUUACAUCACUCACGAAACCCGAAAGUAUAUUCAUGUAUUUUCAUUUCUCAUAACGAAUUUUGUAUUUUAAUUGUUGUUAUACAUAUGAAUUUUGUUGUUAGUUAAACGUAGCUGAGCGUCAUACUUUGUACCCUUCGAAACGUUCAAAAUAAAUGAAAUCUACAACCAACCCAAUGAAAAAAUUAAAUUAAAUUACACAUUAAUCUACAAGUAAAAGUAAAUUAAUAUAUAUAUAUACAAAUAUAUUAAAAUUUACACAAGUAAAGAAAAAAUAAACAUUUAUUUACAUUACAAUUUUAUAGUAGCUAAGCCAAUUUUUGAUUUAGUAAAGUAUAAAUGUUUGUGAAAACGAGUUAAAUUUUAAAAUGUAGUUUAAAUACGAGCAUAACAAAUCAACCCAAAACCCAAACAUAAAACGUUCAAAUUGUAGCGAAUCAUUAAAAGAAAUAUAUAUCUAGAACUU